AUGGAGGACGCGCUGCUGGACCGCGCGCAGGCCCUCAUCUCCCGCGCCGUCGAGCAGGAGGCCAACCCCAACCCGCCGUACGGCGACUCCUCGCGCUCCAGCCGCCGCGUCCCUCAACGUCAGGGCAACAUGACCAUCGCAGCCAAGGCUGGAGUCACGUUGGAAAUCCCAAACGGGGCUGUGCUCGAGAACAAGAGGCUCACAGUUAAACAAGAAGGCCAGGCUCCAGCCAGUGAUGUUGAGGCUGCCUAUACAACACAGACCCAUGCCACUUACAAUCACGGAGCAAUGGGAAAUGAUGAGUUCCUGCUUCUUUUUAUGCCGGUUCAGGAGUGUAGGAAGUGGUUCCUCGCCGGUUGGACGUCGUUCAACCGCAGCUCUCGCACCCACUGA